CUUGGAGCUGGUAAGAAGAGUGUUUGUUAAACAAGGUUAGGUUGGGGUCUGAAAUGGUUGCAUAGUUACAAGGGGAGACUUUGAGACCAUAAUGUUGCAGCUGGCAGCUUCUAGCAGCUAUUGUUUUGAAAACAGCUGGUGGUGUCCUUGAGUUUAAUACAGUUCCGAAAAUUCAAGUGCUGGAAGAUGCAGGAAUGUGUUUGAAACCACAUCUACAAGGCCGCUCAGCUCCAUUUUGAAUGCCUGAAUCAGUUAAUCCAUUUUAACUUUUAAAUGCAUUCUUUCCUUUAAUGGUUAAAGCAGAUGUACAAUGCGUGUUUGACAUACGGUAGGCUGUUCCAGUUAGCAUAAAGCCAAAUCAUCUAUAAGCCAGAAUGACUUCCCCAUGCCUCAGUGUGUGAAAAUUUCUUCCAUCCCUAGUGAGGAACCAUAGAAGAUUUUAGUUUAGGAUAGUGACUGGUCCAGGGUUGAGAUAAACAUUUUGUAUCCAUUUAAAAAUAUUCCCUUGACUCAGAAAGCAAUGUAACCAAGAGGGUUCUUGGACCUUAUUUGGGUAUUGUUUUCUUACCUGAAUGCCAUUCUGUCCAGAACACACUGUGAGCUAGCAAGACUCUGCUCAGUCAUCUUUUGAUGACUUCCUUUUAUAAAACAUUCCCACUACCCACAGGAAUAUACAGUUGGAUUAAAUGCUUCUGUGCUAUUCCUAGCACUGGCCCUGCUGCACAGCAAUUCUGUUUCCUCCACUGAACUAUGAAUGCUUCCAGGAACGAGAAUGGGCUUCAUCUUAUUCCUCACUGCAUAGGGAGGUGCCUGGCACAAGUAAGGCAUCCAGUAGACGCAAUAACCUGGGGGAACAACUUAUAGGUCUGUAAGACUACAGGUCUGUAAAAACAAAACUGCCGUGAAAUCGCCUUCAGAAGCCAGUCGCCUACAAUGCAAAAAUCAUACAGAAGAUCCACAAAGGAAAGACACAUUCCUUCCCCAACCACCACAGGGCAGACAAAAUGUUUCGCUUUACGGCAAGUCUCAGGAGUCGCGCCGUAGAUACCGUAAAAGGGAGGGAAGCCCUCGUUGGGGAAGCUCAGGCUUCUGGCUUUGCGACACCGUAGGGGCGGGAAAGUGCCGGCUGUCGGUUGGAGGAAGGGUCCUCGGCCCGCCCCCUAGGGCCGGACUUCCGCGCACCCGGGAGGAGUGUUUCGGUCUUUCUGAUCCAACGAUGGGCGCCCGUUAAGACCAGCUCCGCGUCGCCGGUGCCAUGGAGGCGCCGGUGGAGUCGGAAGUCGAGAAUGAGGACGGCGAGAGCAGCUGCGGGGAUCUGUGCUUCAUGGACAAAGGCCUGCGGAGCAUAUCAGAGUUAUCUUUAGAUUCAGCCCUUCAUGCCAUCAAUCUUCAUUGCAAUAACAUCUCGAAGAUCAAAGCCAUUGAUCACAUUUGGAAUUUACAACAUUUAGAUCUGUCAUCUAAUCAAAUAAGUCAAAUUGAAGGGCUAAACACACUGACAAAACUGCGUACUUUAAACUUGUCCUGCAAUUUGAUCACAAGAAUAGAAGGACUUAAAGCACUAACUAAUCUGACUAGACUGAAUUUAUCUUAUAACCACAUAAAUGAUCUUAGUGGUUUGAUGCCCCUUCAUGGAAUUAAACAUAAACUUAGAUAUAUUGACCUACAUAGUAAUUGUAUAGAUAGUAUCCAUCACCUACUUCAGUGUAUGGUAGGAUUGCACUUCUUGACUAAUCUUAUUUUGGAGAAAAAUGGAGAAGAUAAUCCUGUCUGUCAUUUACCAGGAUACAGAGCAGUUAUGCUCCAGACUUUGCCACAGCUUAGAGUCCUGGAUUGUAAGAACAUAUUUGAUGAACCAGUAAAUAUGGCAGAAAUAAACUCAUCACGCCUACAGUGCUUUGAAGGUCUUUUGGAUAAUAUAGUUUCUUCUGACUCUCCCCUAAAUAUAAGUGAAGAUGAGAUCAUUGACGGUAUGCCAGUGGUAACACCACCUAUCAAUGAGGUAGCUCCCUUGGAUCACUUGACUUCUAAUUCUUUAAUAGAUAAUGUUCCUGAGAAAGAUCUCAGACCAAAAAGAGACACAGAUGUGACUUCUGAAAGUGACUAUGGAAACAGAAAUGAAUGCAAUAGAAAAAUUCCUCGAAGAUCAAAAAUCCCAUAUUAUUCCAAAACUAUUCAAACUGUUAAGCACCACAGUAAAAACAACAAUGCUUUUAUAAGCUGUAAUCGUAAAAUGAAACAACCUUUCUUUAAAGAAUUACACGUAAGAUCAUCUUUGGUGAACAAUAAUAUAUUAGAAGAUUCAGAAAAGCAGAAGACUGAAAUAAUUAAAGUAAACAACGGUAGCUCAGAAAAUGCCACUUACCGGGCACUUGUUGAAGAACUAGACCAAGAGAGAGAGAAGAGAUGGAAAGCUGAACAAACUGAAAAGAAACUUAUGGAUUAUAUUGAUGAACUGCAUAAACAUGCAGAUGAAAAAAAAGAUAUUCAUAACCUGGCUCUUCUUACUACAGAAAGGCUAAAGGAAAUUAUUUUUAAAGAGAGAAAUUCCAAACUACAACUUGAAAUUAUGGUUCACAGACUUCAAAAUGAAAUUAAAAAACUAACUAUUGAAUUAAUUAAAGCAAAAGAUCAACAAGAGGAUCACAUUAGACACUUAAGAACCCUGGAAAAAGCAUUAGAAAAACAGGAGAGGCAAAAAGGGCAACAGCAAGCAGCACAGAUGCAACUUAUCCAAGAAGUGGAACUCAAAGCCGCAGCUGCUGAUAGAGAAAUAAACUUACUUAGAACUUCUCUUCAUCAAGAAAAGGAACAGGUGCAACAACUUCAUGAACUUCUUGCAUUGAAAGAACAAGAGCACAGGAAAGACCUUAAAACAAGGGAGUGUUUUAGUGAAGCUGAGUUCCAGGAAGCCUUAGCUAAAGAAAUUGCUAAAGAAGAGAGAAAACAUGAACAAGUUAGAAAAGAAUACCAAGACAAAAUUGAUGCAUUAAACCAACAGUAUCUGGAUUUAGAAAAUGAAUUCCGUAUUGCUUUAACUGUUGAAGCCAGAAGAUUUAAAGAUGUUAAAGAUGGUUUUGAAAAUGUUGCAACUGAAUUAGCAAAGAGCAAGCAUGCUCUUGUUUGGGCUCAACGAAAAGAAAAUGAAUCUUCCUCUUUAAUUAAAGAUCUAACCAGUAUGGUGAAGGAACAAAAAACAAAACUGGCAGAAGUUUCUAAAUUGAAACAGGAAACAGCAACAAAUUUACAGAAUCAAAUCAACACACUUGAAAUUUUAAUUGAAGAUGACAAGCAGAAGAGUAUUCAAAUAGAACUGCUCAAGCAUGAAAAAAUGCAGCUUGUUUCUGAACUAGCAGCCAAGGAAUCGCUAAUUUAUGGUCUAAGGACAGAAAGAAAAGUAUGGGGACAUGAGUUGGCACAACAGGGAUCUUCUCUAGCCCAAAAUCAUGGGAGACUAGAGGCUCAAAUUGAAAGUUUGUAUAGGGAGAAUGAAUCUCUGCGAAAGGCAAGUGAACGUGAUAAUGACACAUUAAGAAUUAAGUGCAAAAUCGUAGAAGACCAAACUGAAACCAUUGGAAAAUUAAAAGAAUGUUUACAGGAAAGAGAGGAACAAAUCAAAAUAUUACACGAAAAGAUAACUGAAAUACAAAAAUGUACCCAAGAACAACUUGAAGAAAAAUCUUCACAACUGGAUGAAAUAAUUGAGAAACUAGAAAGACACAAUGAAAGAAAAGAAAAACUAAAACAGCAGUUGAAAGUAAAGGAAUUAGAACUUGAAGAAAUUAGAAAAGCUUACAGUACACUUAAUCAGAAGUGGCAUGAUAAAGGAGAGCUUCUGUGUCAUCUUGAAAUGCAAGUAAAAGAAGUGAAAGAAAACUUUGAAAACAAAGAAAGGAAACUUAAAGCAGAAAGAGACAAAAGUAUUGAACUGCAAAACAAUAAUUCUGUGAGGUUGGCUGAACAGGCAGGAUUAUUGUGUUUUAUAGUUGACAAACUUUAAACACAGAGUUUGUGACUCGCCUUUAGUCACAUAGCUACCAACUGUUGCAACUGGGAAUUUAAAAAAAGACUUUUGAUUCAUGGUCCUGAUGCUGAAAACUCAUCAUCUGUACACUGGUGCCGAAUCAAGUCUCAGAGACAGAGUUUUUGGUGAAAUAGAGAAGAAUGGCUUUAUUGCUUUGCUGGGCAAAGGGGGACACAACAGGCUCGUGCCUCAAAAACCUGUGUCCCAACCUGGGAAGUGAGGAGGUUUAUAGCAAUGGUUCAAGGGCGGAGUGGCUAAUAAGGAUCAGGGUGUGUGCAGUGCCUGCACUCCUUUAAUCUGGCCUCGGGUGGUCUCCUGAUGAGCUUCUCUGGUUCCUUUAAUCUGGUGUCACGUGGUCUUCUCCCUAGUCUCUGCAUCCCCUCCCUUCCCUCAUUAGCAACUGUUUGAAUCUGCCCUUUGGAACUCAGGGAAGGUCAUGGAGGCUGGAGUCUCUUCCCUACAAACAAGAAAUGGGGACACAGAAAGGCUUCCAUGCCCAGGAGCCCCACAGGGUCCUGCUUGGUUUCAGUCCCAAUGUUCAAUCCACUAUUACAGUGGGCUGUGCCAAAACCAGGAAGUUUGUUCAUUAUGGACUUAACGUUUUUAAUAAAAUUAUUCAUACUUAAUAUAAAGGAAUGGGUAUUUGGCCUAUAAGAAACUUUUGGCACUAAAAUUUUGUGAAUACUGUUUAUAAUUUAUUAACAUAGGGUUUUAUCCAUUAAGCAUUAACAUAGGGAAGUCAGACAUAUAUGCUUACAAACUUGAACCUUCCUAUGGUAUAUAUACCUCAAAUUAUCACACUGCUAAUACAUGGAGGAAAAAAAGAUUGAUAGUAGCAUCUAUGAAGGUGCUUAUAAACCAUAUUCUUAGACUCAGAAUAAAUGAGAACCAAUGUACUCUAACUUUCAAAGGGUAAUAGUGUAACAAACUUCCAUUGAUGUUACCCUACUCUAUUCUGUUAAUAAGAUUCUGUUGGAUGGUGAACUACUUAUAUCUUUAGUUACCGAAGAUAGACCUUUGCUAUUUAAUGGAGUCAUGCUUCCAUUAAAAUAUGAAUGUAAGAGCUUCCACCUAAAAAGACAAAAAACAGCCUAAUUUUUAUAUGUACCAGUAGAUAUGUGGGUUUGUUUUGUUUUUAAGGGAUGCAAUAGAAAAGCUUCAUAGUAUGGAUGAUGCCUUUAAAAAACAAGUUGAUGCAAUUGUUGAAGCUCAUCAAGCUGAAAUAAUACAGCUGGCAAGUGAAAAGCAGAAAUGUAUUGAUUCUGCAAAU